ACAAGGAAGGUCACGUUACUGUACCCCCACAACCUGGGUCAAAAAAAUUAUAUUUUGUAGUUCACACCAAAGUAUAAACCCUCACAAAAAAUUAGCGGCCCACUCGCAUAUUUAAGGGGUGAAAUUAAUUCUCAAAAAUCGGUGGUUUUUUCGUUUUUCGCUGAUAUCUUCGAAACAAAAAUAGAUACGGCAAAAGUUUAAAUAGCAAAGUUAUUCAUUUUUCAGUGCUCUGCAAUAAUACGCAGUCGAAAAUUAUAUAGAAUUUUUUUUAUUUUUUAUUUUAAUAAAAAACGGGUUUUAUUACACAUUUUUUUCUAUCUUUUCGUAAUAAACGUAAUUGUUUCGACUCCACAUUUAAUUAUAUUAAUCUACAUUUGUUUUUUACGUCUCAAGAGGUCAUGGAACCGGAGAGUUAUUUUUUUCAAACGCAAAAAAUUUUAUAGAUUUGAACUGAUUACAUGUUCUUAUCAUAAUCAAACUGUGAGGUCGACUGUUUGAAAUACGUUUUAUUUUUUCAUGAUAUCCUAUCUGAGAUGUUCAAUACCGUCUUAUCAGUAAAAAAUGAGGCUCUAUAUAAACUGACUCUUGCCUGAAUGAGAAUGAAAUGAAACUAGCAGAUACAAUUAAAGAGUUUUUAAUUGAAAGCAUAAACACAUACGCGAGAAUCGAAAUUGAAGAAGACGAAACCUUGGAUUUUCAAGAACAAUUCAAACACCAUGAGCCUGAAAGUGUAGAAGACAGUGAAUUGGAAUGGGAUUCAAUUUCAUCUGAUGAAGCAGCAGAUGACUCUCAAUGUACAAAAAAUGAAGAUGAGAUUUCAUUCGAUUACAAGAAGAAAGCUGUGGAGUUUUGGAGAAGUGGAAAAACAAAAAAUUUAAAUAUUCGUACAGUUGCACACCGUUUUAAAAAAGUGAUUUCUAAAACACAAUUGAAGUGUUGGGCUCAUCAAAUCAAUAAAGGUGGGACUUAUAAAGAAAAAUUAAAUGAGAUAUCUCAAUAUACUUUAAAUCGCUUCAUUGAAGCAACUGAAUGUGGCAAGAUCGUACACGAUAUUGAUUUGCGACGAUGGGCUUUAACCGCACAUAAAAAUUUCAUGAAUUCCGAUGCACGAUUCAAAGCGUCAAAAGAAUGGGUGAAUAAGUUCAAAAGAGCACAUCGCAUUACGUCUCGGAAAAUUACAAAAUUUAUUACCCGGAAAACUUUAGAAGAUUCAAAAAAUCUUAAAAAAACGGCUGAAGAGUUUACAAAUAACGUUAAAUCUGUUAUCAACGACCUUGGUCUGGAAAAUGUUUACAAUUCGGAUCAAAGUGGAUUUCAAUUUGAAAUGCAUUCUGGUCGCACUCUUGCAAACCAAGGAUCAAAAGAAAUUGAAUGCGUUGUUCAAUCAAUAUCUUCAACAACUCAUUCUUAUACGAUUCAACCAACGAUAUCCGCCGAUGGAAAAUUACUUUCACCGUUAUAUCUUGUAUUAAAAGAAAUCGGUGGUGACUUUGGCCCACGCGUAGAAAAAACGUUAUUCAAACCCACGAACGUUUUUGUUUCGGCAUCGAAAUCUGGAAAGUUAACAUCAGAUCAUUUCAAACAGUGGCUGACCGAAAUCUAUUUUCCGAAUGUUGGCGACAACAGUGCGCUUUUAAUCGACUCCUGGAGUGGACACUGUUCAGAAGUAGUUGAUGCAGUAACUCCUCCUAACAAAAAAAUUGUACUAAAAAUUAUUCCAAAAGGAACAACAGGACAAAUACAACCAUUAGAUGUGUUUGGUUUUCGAAUAUGGAAAAAUUUUGUUCGGCAUUUUUCAGAUAUAGUAAUUCUUUCCGGUAGCGAUAUAAAUCUGCAUUUGAGGAAUAACAUAAUCAAACUGCAGUCACUUGUUCACAAUCAACUGUCUUCCCCACGUUAUAUUAAUAUGCUUAAAUAUGCAUGGUACAAAAGUGGGUACAUAGAAAAAACACCCCCUGAGUUCAUCAAUCCGGUGACGUUUGGUUUUGGAGAUAAUUCGGAACCACGAUGUCACAUUUGUGGUGAUUUAGCUGUUAUAACAUGUUCGUGGUGCAAAAAACCUUUGUGUCUCAAACACUUCUUUGAGGAGUAUCAUUAUUGCAAUGAAUACAUUCCAUAAUACGAAAUGAAGAAACUGAUAAGUGCAUUGCCUGCUUUUUUUCCUGUCAUGAGUACUAGACAUUUUAAUAGCUAUAUAAUAUAUGAAUUAAAGGAUUCUAGAAAAUAAAAAACCGACAUGCAUAUUAAAUAAAGUUUUAUAUAAAAUGAAAGAAAAUCAUGUGAUACUUAUUCGCUUGUACUAAA